GAUCACUCUUGCCGUUGCGCCAUUGCGUCAUUGAUUGUGAACUAAAGUUCCCCUACAGGCGCUGCGCGCGUCCAGAACCACGACCAUGUCCCCACGAUGCCUCGACUCAAGGCUGCGACCGUCUCGGACCAGACUGUACGGAAGCGAAAACGGAAAGCGCGCGAUGAGGAGGAGACAACAGCGGCAGAGGGCGAAGGGGUGAAGGAGGUUCACAGGAUUGUUGGACCGGAUGGUUCAAUGAUCGACUCCAACGCGCCCGACCCGGCCACGACUACUACGAGCGUACCCACGAAAACACACGACGGAGGAAAGAAACCACGGCGAGCGCCCAAGAAGAACGGUACCGGCAAACCAGCUCUCGCGCGCAACAACUCGUCCACCCUAGUCGAGACGACGAUACCAUGGCCAGACCACUUCACGAAGCUCGCUCAAGUGCACCGCGCCGUAAGCCUCGUCUACACAUUCCUCUGCACGCGCAAGCACCUCGCGACGACCCUCGAAAACCUGCGCAGCACAGUCGAAGCCAACAUCCAACGAGAGUUAGUCAUCGAGGACGUAGCGCAGAUCACGGCCCUGAUCCCCAAGGCCAUAAACUUUGCCUACGUCGACGAAGCAAUGCUACAGAUCAAUUUGAUGGGCUCAGAAGAUAAUUUGCACGGAAGGCGAACAACCGACUUUGCGAUACUAGAACCUGAACCGGAUAAAGGCGAGCAUAAAGAGGUGCUGCUGUUUGAGUUCAUCGAUGGCGAUUUGAAGCGCCAGGUACAACACAAGAAAACGGGGGAGCCGACAAAGGCUACGACCAAGUUAAGAAAUGAGGAUCUGAAGAUGCCGGUGUACAGUCAGAAGCAGAUGAUGAAUUUGAUCGAGAAGAGGAAUGUCAAGUUUACUUCGGCGGUCAAUGGUUUUCUGAAUCAGUGUGCUGAGGAGGGGGUGGAUGCGGUAGAGAAGAUUUUGGAGGUGUCGAAAGCGUUCAUACCGGUAUCGACUGAGAGCCGGCAUUCCACACCCGGUCCGGAUAGAUCGUUGAUACCAGCUUCCAUACCGGCGGAUCGAAAGCCUAUCCCCGAUAUCCUGAACGAGAUCAAGACGCUUGAGUGGUACACUGGGCAGAUUGUGCCAGAUGGCCACCGUGUCUUCGACCCACAAGAAGCUGUCUACGGCGACUUGAACUUCGCCAUGUCGCAGAACCUCGUCAACGCGCUGUAUAACACGAGGAACAUCACGCAGCUUUACGCUCACCAGGCAGAGGCUAUCAAUAAUCUUUACGACGGACACAAUGUGAUUGUGUCUACUUCAACGAGUUCUGGUAAAUCAUUGAUUUAUCAGAUACCGGUUUUGCAUCAGUUGGAACAGGAGCCUAAUACGAGAGCUAUGUAUAUUUUUCCAACGAAAGCGCUGGCGCAGGAUCAGAGGAAGAGCAUGAAAGAGCUGUUGCGGUUUAUGCCGGGUUUCGAACAAGUUCUGGUUGAGACGUUCGAUGGCGAUACGCCUAUGAGCGAACGCAACUACAUUCGAGAUGAGGCACGUAUCAUCUUCACAAACCCGGAUAUGUUACACAUCACUAUCCUGCCGCAAGAGGAUGCCUGGCGGACAUACCUUCAGAACCUACGAUUUGUGGUAGUAGACGAACUGCAUGUGUACAACGGACUGUUUGGAGCACACAUGGCGUUCAUCAUGCGCCGUCUACGCAGGAUAUGCGCGGCGUUGGGAAACCGCCAUGUCAAAUUCAUUUCCUGCUCGGCUACAGUGGCCAACCCUGAAGAGCACAUGAAGACUAUUUUCGGUGUUGACGAGGUCAAGUUGACAGACUUUGACGGGUCUCCUUCCGGGCGCAAAGAGUUUCUGUGCUGGAACACACCGUUCAAAGAUCCUGGUGAUCCUACAUCUGGACGCGGCGAUUGUAUGGCGGAGACGGCGAAGCUAUUCUGCCAACUGAUGUUAAGGGGCAUCCGAGCCAUUGCCUUUUGUCGCGUGCGGAAGCAGUGUGAAGCGCUGCUUGCUGCUGUCAAGACUGAACUUACCAACCUGGAAAGACCGGAAGUUAUUGCUCGGGUUAUGUCGUAUCGAGGCGGAUAUACGCCGCAAGACAGACGGGAGAUCGAGCGAGAGAUGUUCGACGGAAAGCUCUGUGGUAUCGUGGCUACUAGUGCGCUGGAACUUGGUGUCGACAUCGGUUCCCUGGAUGCUGUCGUUACGGUUGGAUUCCCCUAUACUAUUGCCAACCUGCGCCAGCAAAGUGGUCGUGCUGGAAGGAGAAAUAAAGACUCGCUUUCCGUUCUGGUCGGCGAUUGCUUCCCUACCGAUCAGUACUAUAUGUCGAACCCAGACGAGAUCUUCACAAAACCCAAUUGCGCACUCCAAGUCGACCUAGAAAACAUGCUCGUCUUGGAAGGCCACGUCCAAUGCGCCGCCCACGAGAUGCCCAUCAAUGUGUCAGUCGACACAUCCUACUUCGGCCCCCUCCUCCCCAAAAUCGCACGAGAGCGCAUGCGCUGCGACAAAGAAGGUUUCUACCACGUCAACACGCGCUUCCUCCCGCAACCCUCACGCACGGUCGCAAUCCGCGACACCGAAGAAGACCACUUCGCCAUAAUCGACGUAACCCACGGCAAAAACACCGUGCUCGAGGAACUCGAAGCCUCCCGCGCCUUCUUCACGCUCUACGACGGCGGCAUCUUCCUCCACCAAGGAAACACGUACCUCGUCAAAGAAUUCAGCCAAGAACGCAUGCUCGCAAAAGUCGAAUACGUAAAAGUAGACUGGACAACCCAACAACGCGACUACACGGACAUCGAUCCCGUGGAAACAGAAGCUAUCAGGCGUAUCCCUGGUUCGAGAUCAAAAGCCUUCUACGGCCCCAUCAAGAUCCAACAAGUCGUCUAUGGCUUUUUCAAAAUCGAUAAGAAAAGGCGUAUUCUGGAUGCUGUGCAGGUUGAUAACCCACCUAUCAUACUGUUUAGCAAGGGCAUGUGGCUCGACGUGCCGAAAUCUGCACUCGAUAUAUUGAGGUCGCGGAGGCUGAAUAUCGCGGCGGGGAUUCAUGCUGCGGAACACGCUGUUCUGUCUCUCAUGCCCAACUUCGUGAUAAGUAUGCCUGGUGACGUCCGCACGGAAUGUAAAGUCCCCGAGAAAGAAUUCCUGGCGAAGGAAUCCACACGCAAACGUCCUGCACGACUGACGUUUUACGACGCAAAAGGCGGUGCCAGCGGCAGCGGGAUUAGUACCAAAGCAUUCGAGUUCAUAGACACGUUACUCGAGCAGGCGUGCCAACGCCUCACCUCAUGUCACUGCCUCGAAGGCUGCAACGAGUGCUGCAACGACGACGCGUGUAAACAGCACAAUCAAGUCAUGUCCAAAGCCGGCGCUAUGGUCAUCAUCAUGUGUUUACUCGGCCGCGAAAACAAAAUCGACAUCGAUGCGUUGCCGUGGGGCGAGGAGGAUGUGGAGGCUGGGUUUGAUACAGUGGUUGAGGCUGUGGGGGUGAGGAUGGCGGAGGGGAAAACGAGGGAUGGCGGGGUUUUGCCGGGGGAGGGCGUGGAUGGGGAGGAGAUGGUGAGGGCGAAACUUGUGGAUGGCGUGUGGAUUAAAGAGGAGGAAGAGGAGGAGGAUCAUUUUAGUAGGAGUAUUCAUAUGUAUAGGGGGGAGAGGACCUUUAUUGGGGUGCAUAGGAAGUGA